ACGUUCAUGGCCUGGCAAUGGUGGUGCGCAAUGUCAAGAUUUUAGCCCUCCGUAUGGAGCCUCUUAGUUUGGAUGUACUUAUUGAGUUGAUGAGAUGCUUUCCGUGCUUGGAGAAGCUGUACAUUCAGCGUUGGUCAACAAGGGAAAAUAAUUUGUGGCGUCGUAAACACCGGGAGCUUAUCAAAUGUUUUGAUAUUCGUCUAAAGACAAUAGUGAUAUCAACUUACGUUGGCCUCUGGUCUGAAGUUAACUUCGCCACAUUCUUUGUACUCAACGCUAAAUUACUGGAGUUAAUGGUAUUUGAGGUUAACUGUACCGACGAGGAGUUCAUUUCAAAAGAACAGAAGAAACUUCAGUUGGAUAACAGGGCUUCGAGAGGUGCCCAGUUUCAGUUUACAACUGAUAGAUGUCUGCGUGGCCGUUUAGAUAUCGACCAUGUCCGCGAUUUGGACUUAGCUGAUCCUGUCAUACGCAGAUGUUAAACUGCGUUUGCUCUUCUGAAG